AUGUACCCGCUACAAGGCUAUCCCAUGUCUCCCUUCGGGUACCCACAGCAGUUUCAAGAAGGAGCCGGCUACGCGUUUCCACAGGGAGUGUUUCCGCCGUACGGGCCUCAGGGAUUUCCAGCGCAGCCGGGGAUGUUCGUACCGCCUGUAGGGGCAGCCACGCCCGCUGGCAUGUAUCCUGGAUAUCCUCCUGCUGCGUUCGGGCCGACGCAAGCGGCGCAGGCAGCAGGGGGAUUUCCAGGAGGCCCUUCUAUGAUUCCAUCCGCCCCGCAACCAGCUGGCGUUGCGGGCGUUGGUGCUGCUGCGCAACCUUUUGGGUUCCAGCAGAUGCAAGGAGGACAAUCCCAAGGUUUUCAGGGGACGGGCGAGCAGCAGCAGAUGGGAGGUGCCAGCCACCUUGCAGGAGGCCCUGGGGCGCAACCAAAUCCAGACCUACCAGUGAUCCAGGAUCUCAUUGCCACCACUGGCCUCGCCAACAGCAACUGGAUGAAGGCAAAGCCCCACCUGGUGUAUGUGCUCGUGUACGACCUGGUGGUGUCAGGCAAGGGUACAUUGGGGUCAGGAGCGGUGCAGAAAGUAGUACUUUCACACAAGGCGGCUCUCAGAGCGGCGCUUGCCCGACUGCUGGUGAAGCAGCGAGCGGCAUCAGUGGAGGAGCUUCUUGGUCCCUCCAAUGACCCACCUGUUGCUGCACGUGAGUCCCAUUGCCUCCUCCCUGCCCACUGCCACCUCUUUGACCCCCGUUAUGUGCGAGUGAACACCCUGCGCACCACCACUCAAGCAGUGCUGGCGCACUUUCAGGCUGGCACGGCCCAAGAGAGCAGUGGCACGGAUGGGGCGAAUGAGGCAAAUGGUGCCGGCAAAAGUGGGGAUGAUGGAAGUGGAAGCGGUGACGCUAACAUCAGUGCAGGGAAUGCAGGAGGGAGGGCGGAGGGGAAGGGCCGCGCCAGCUGCUUCCCGGCGUUCAUCCUCGCACCUCGCCCCGGGUGGCAUGUUUUGGACGCAUGUGCAGCGCCGGGCAACAAGACGUCCCACGUGGCUGCACUCAUGGAGAACACAGGGCGGCUCACCGCGUGCGAGAGGGACGCGAAGAGAGCAACUCUUUUGAGGAAGAAUCUGGAUAAGGCUGGGGUGACGUGUGAGUAUGUGAGGGGUGAUGGGUACUUGAGGGGGUGGUGUAAAGUGGUGAUUGCCGGGCAACAAGGCAUCCCACGUGCUCAAGUGCACGAGGGGGAUUUCCUCGCCAUCGAUCCUGCCUCUCCUGAAUUCGCUGAUGUACAGGCAAUCCUGCUCGACCCCUCUUGCUCUGGCUCAGGCACUCGGCACUCCCGAGGGGACCUGCUACUCUCUCAGGGAUCCCCCUCACCCCACGACAGCAUCCCAGCAGCAGAGCGCAUCACCUACAGCACAUGCUCCAUCAACGAGAGGGAGAACGAGGCAGCGGUGGCGGCGGUGCUCCCUGCUGCAGAUCCCAGCAGCACAGCGCAUCACCUACAGCACAUGCUCCAUCAACGAGAGGGAGAACGAGGCAGCGGUGGCGGCGUCCCAGCAGCACAGCGCAUCACCUACAGCACAUGCUCCACCAACGAGAGGGAGAACGAGUCAGUGGUUGCAGCAGUGCUCCCUGCUGCUCUCUGUACCCCUCCAUCAUCUUCUCCUCUGCACCCGCCUGUACCCCUCUGUACCCUUCUGUUCCCCCAGUCCCAGCAGCAGAGCGCGUUACCUACAGCACUCCCAGCAGCACAGCGUGUCACCUACAGCACAUGCUCCAUCAACGAGAGGGAGAACGAGGCAGUGGUGGCGGCAGUGCUCCCUGCAGCUCUCGCGAACGGCUUCCGUCUUGCCCCGGCCCUGCCUAAAUGGCCCAGAAGAGGGCUGCCCUCCUACCCUUUUGGAGAGGGCUGCCCUCCUACCCUUUCGGUGAGCUUCCCCCCUGUGAAUCGCCUGAAUGCGGCAGUGGUAGCGGCAGUGCUCCCUGCUGCUCUCGCGAACGGCUUCCGCCUCGCCCCCGCCUUGCCUGCUUGGCCCAGGAGAGGGCUGCCGUCCUACCCCUUUGCGCACCAAGUGGUGCGCACAGAUCCUGCCACUGACGGCGCAGAUGGAUUCUUCAAGUUUGAGACGUCUCAGAAUUUUGGGUUUUGA